UUGGAGGCUUGCGCUGCCUCGCGAUUCUGCUGUCGUUGGAAGCUCGAAAUUCAAAAUUGCGCUUGUAGCGGAUUGGGCUUAGCGCGGGAACUUUAAUUCUGGUGGAUGAAUGGAGAGGUGCAAAGCCGAGCUGGAAAAGUAAACCCGAGGUCGAAUUGAUUGCUGCAUGUAGCUUGUACCGACUCCGCAUUCCUUUAGUUUGUACACUAUCUUUUGUGCCUCUUUAUUCUCCGUUUGGACUUGUCGAUUUUCCUUUCUUGAUGUUUGCGAGGUCUUUUACUAGAGGAGCUGGGACGGCGGCAUGCUGUAGCUCUGCUUCGACACGGAUCAUUAUGCCUCUGCGAGCGAAGAUUACGAAUCCUGCAUUUGCGGGAAGAGCACAGGUUAGGAUGCGAUGAGGGACUUGUUGAGAUUGAGCGUUAAUGAGUAGCAGAUGUCAACUUUUCCAUCACGGCAAGAACAGCCGGAAACGCAAGCUAUAGAGGUCAUCAAGGAAUUGCCGGGGGACCAGCCGGAAGAUGUUCUUUUCGAUACUCUCUUCGGCGUGCGGACAAUUGAGCUUAACAGGCCGAAAGCUCUGCACUCUCUCAAUGGAUCGAUGAUUAGGAAGAUCGUACCCCGACUGCAGGAAUGGGCGAAGUCGGAUAUGGCAAAUGUAGUUGUCAUUAAAGGGUCUGGGCCGAAAGCUUUCUGUGCUGGUGGAGAUGUGAAGCAUCUUGCAGAAGAGAACAUGAAAGGAGAAGAUGGACAGCAGCGGUCGACGGAUUACUUCGCCCUAGAAUAUAAGCUGGAUCACCUUAUUGCGACAUACUCGAAGCCCUAUGUGGCAUUUAUGGAUGGCAUUACGAUGGGUGGAGGAGUUGGGCUGAGCAUACACGCACCGUUCAGGAUAGCUACUGAGAGGACAGUAUUCGCUAUGCCAGAGACGACGAUUGGAUUCUUCCCGGAUGUUGGAGCUUCGUUCUUCUUACCUCGUAUGCCAGGUGGUGUGGGAAUAUACCUUGCUCUUACGAGUGAGAGGUUAACGGGCGUUAAUGCUUUCUAUGCUGGAAUUGCCACACACUACAUCCACUCGACAUCUUUACAUGCUCUAGAACGUCGAUUGGCCGAACUCAGGUUCAAGGACUACGACGGCAUGAGAGAACGAAUUGCGUUAAUUGAUUCAACCAUAGAGGAAUUCUGCACUGGUCUGCCAUACGACGAGCCGAUGCUUAUUCAAGGAAAGCUGAGGGAUGCGAUCGAUCGAGUCUUCACUAAGACCAGUGUUCCUGACAUCAUUGCUGCGCUUCAAGCCGAGCAAAAAGGAGAGAUGAAGGAGUGGGCCGAGAAGACGCUCGCCACCAUUCAGCAGCGGUCGCCUACCAGUGUAUAUGUCACACUUCGGCAAAUGCAGCUCGGGCGCAGGUGGUCCAUCAUCGAAACCUUCCGCCGAGAACACCAAAUGGCAGGGAAAUUUAUGCGCCACCCAGAUUUCACCGAGGGUGUGAGUGCUCUACUUAUCCGGAAAGACAACAAGCCAGUGUGGCAGCCUGCAUCGCUUGAGGACGUGAAGCCUGAGGACAACAUUGCGGAGCCAUUCUUCGAGGUCGAGGGUGCAGAACCGAUAGGCUUGUUGAAUGCUCGCGACUUUCGUGAAUACCCUCACAGGGAAUUAGGCCUUCCUCAGGAUGCUGAAGUCGAAGAGGUUGUAAGGAAGACACUGGCCUCAAGGAAAGCUAUCGUCAAUCAGUUUGUCAAAGCAAGGAAGGGGAAGCAAGGUGUAAAGGAGAUUGUGGAGGAAGUGCUGCUGAGAAAAACAGAACUUGAUGCAAACAAUAAGGCUGUCUGGCUCGCUAAUGCUGGAGAGGCUUGAAAAGGAAGCUUGGAAAUAGAGGCGAUUGUGUCAGUCUUGUAUGAUAUCUGUGUGCGGGAUGUAAGGUAUACUGGAUGAAGCGGCAACUGUUGAUAGAUGACGGUCGCGAACAACAAAAUCAGACAGUGUUGAGACGAAAUGUUGUUUAGUAUCAUGUGACAUGAAAGGGGUGCCUAGGAGCCUUAUGUGGAGCUUGAGUCAUUAAUCAGGUGUGGUAUAUCCGAGAACUUCUUUUGGGAAAGUUAUAAAAGGGAGCCUUACCCCGCUCGUAAACCAAAAUGUUUUUUCCCAGUUGGUGUGUUG